AUGGAUGUUAACUUCCUGAAGUUGUCAGAAGAAUUUCCACAUCUAAAGAAACACUUCAAGGAAAAUGGAAAAUACGAUUUUGGUAGGGAGGGUGCUGUUUACGAUAUUAGUGAAGUAAUACUAAAAAAGGUGUAUGACUUGAACAUUCAUUUUGAUCGUACUAAGCUUUGUCCAAGGAUUCCGAACCGGCUAGCUUAUAUUAAGUGGUGCGAAAGACUAGUACAUGAGAGGUGUGAAUUGAACAAGGAUAAAGCAGAAGGGUUUAUUAGUAUUGACAUAGGUACUGGAUCAUCAGCGAUAUACCCAUUCUUAGGAGUUAAGCAUUCAAAGUUUGCAUCAGUUUUCAUUGGAACAGAUGUUGAUCCUCACUCGAUUGACCAUGCCAGCUCUCUUGUCCAUGCAAAUGGUUUACAAGACAGAAUUAAAUUGGUUACAGUAAGCAAUUCUGAAGAGAUAAUAAAUUCAUCUUUGAUCGAUAGUGAAGACUUGGAUAAUCACGUUGUGUCAAUUACGAUGUGCAACCCUCCCUUUUACAGCUCGCACGAAGAUCUCUUACACCAUGCACAGAACAAGCCGGACAGAACAAAUGUGCUAACUGCCAGUGAAUCAGAGCUUAUCUACAGUGAUGGAGGAGAAUUUGGAUUUGUCAGUAAGUAUGUUGAGCAGAGUUUACGUAUUAAAGAUGCUGCUUUUAACGAGUGUUGGUUUACAAGUCAAUUAGGAUUAAAGGGGACUUGCGAUCGGUUGGAUGAAAAGAUGAAGGAAUUGAAGUUCAACAAAUUAGUUAAAGCCUACAUUAUUGAAGAAUUGAUUAUAAGAGACAUGACUUUCCGACCUACUACCAAGAGAUGGGUGAUUGCAUGGACAGUGAACUCUAAAUUUCAUUACCCAAUUCCAAGACUACGCAUUCCGAACAUUUUGUUAGACUUGGUGUAUGAGAAGCUUAACACUUUCCUGUAUUGUACUUUGUAUUUUGAUGAAUACAAGACAUCAUUCUACUUGGAGAGCGAGUAUCCGACAUGGACUAGGAAGCUCCAGCGUCAAAUUAAGUUUAAAAGGCUGGACUUCUUGAAAAACGGAAGCCAGAAGUGCAUUUUCAAAGUUGCUGGCGAUUGCGUAUAUUGGGUAUACGGGGAAGACAACUAUAGUUGGGAAACGAUAAAGACCUAUUUACUAAAAAUUAGAUAA